GGCUCGCAGCAGACCCUUUCCAUCGUCGGCAGUGCUACCCACAACGGUGGCUCAUGCCAGGCCUCGCUGUCCUACGACGGCGGCGCCUCCUGGAAGGUCAUCAAGAGCUGGAUCGGCAACUGCCCGCUCAAGAAAGACUGGCCCUUCACCGUCCCCAGCGAUGCCCCCAGUGGGGAGGCCCUGCUCGCCUGGAGCUGGCACAACAAUAUCGGCAAUCGCGAGAUGUACAUGAACUGCGCGCAUGUCACCAUCGGCGGACACAACGGUGGCUCACUAAGCGGGCGUCCGGAUAUCUUCGUGGCCAAUGUCGGGAGCAAGGGGAAUAACUGCCGGACGGUCGAGGGCUCAGAUGUCCUCUAUCCUAACCCUGGCCCUGAUGUCGAGAACACGAGCAGCAGGACUGCGCCUCCAGUCUGUGAUGGCAAUAUGGCUCGUGGUCUCCGUGUUUAA